GGAGGAGGUUCAUCGAUUGCUUUAAAAGUCCUCGUCGUCGUCCAGCGAGCAUCAGUUUGUGGAGAUGUUGGGCUCUCAGGUGCAGAUGCUCCUCGCAGCGUUGGCUCUGUCCUUGCUGGCGGCGUGCGUCAGCGGAGCUCCACAGAGGAACUCGCCCUCACAAACCAAACACCUCCAGCUCCUCAAAAGUGAGGAUCCGACCUGCUUGCUGCUGCUGAAGUUGGUGCUGGAGCUGGUGGCCCUGAGAGGAGAGGAGAUGCUGCAGGAGCUGGAGGAAGAGGAGCUGGGAGGACGGAAGAGGCCGGUGAGGAGGAGGCACGUCCGCUUCACUCAAAGGGAGCGCAAGGCGGGCUGUCGAAACUUCUUCUGGAAGACCUUCACCUCCUGCUGACACUCCAGUCCACCCAGAAAACCACUCGGGACGCUUUACUGCAGAAGUGAGACGCUGUAAACAGUAGUAAGGAUGAGUUUUCAAAAUAAAUUUCCAAAGUGAAACGUCUGUUAUUGCAACUUCUAUCCAUCACUAAGAGAUAAGUCUAUUUUUAACGCCUGUGAUACUUUUGUUGAAUAAAGAUUCAGGACAAAAAUACAAAAGAAAACUUAAAUUGUCAAAUCAGAAACAAAAUUUAACCAAACGAACACUUGAUGCAAGCAUAAAAAAACAUAAAAACAUUUGAUUUAAACACUUUGGACAUGACGGCUUAAUUAUGAUUUAAAAUAUAUGCCAAAAUAAACCUGGAGGUGACUGUCAAAGAGCGGGGUUAGAGUUACCGUUAGGCUCCACCUCCCAAUUUUUGAGUCAAUAUUACUCUUAUUUUUGACAAAGAUUAAGAAAUCAUCAAUCUUCUUUCCGGAUUGCAAACAUAACAAAACUUUUAUUUUGAAAUGAAUUUUAAAAAAAUAACAUAUUUCUGAUCCUUUCAUUUGUAAUGCUGUUAACACUGCUCUUCUCAUUUGCCAACCUUCUUCUAUAUAAAUUUCCAUCAGUUUGGUCACAUGUAAAUACAUCAGUCAAUAAACUUUAUUGAUCUCACUGUGGGGAAAUUCGUGUGUCAUAACAACUCUGGGGGAUCAGGCUUCAAGGAAGAAAUUAAAUAAACUUUUGAAAUGUGAAAAAAAUUCAUGAUGGAGAGAAA